AUGUCGACCAUCCUCACCAUCCAACCCGGCAACGAAGACGCCUACGCGUUCCACGACAACACCAAGAAAGUCUCCAAGGCGGAAUCCAUGGGAUGGCUGAAAAAGUACAAGGCGGAACUCAAACUCACCGGGGUGAGGCUGAGUCGGGGCGCCCAACCGGUCUGCCGCGGCACGUCCUGCGUGCCGAUCGAGUCGCUGGAAAUUCUCGAAAACGACCUCGAAUACGCGCAGGUCCAGGUCAAGUACUGGGCGCACCACGAUGAACUGGUAGGGGUGGUCGAGAUCAAGAGACAGGUGGACCUGGAUAUCUUCUUUACCAGAUAA